GCGUGUGGGCAAUGAGAGUCUCCGCAGCAGGUAAUCCCCUUCCGAGCGCGAGGGUGGUCAGCAGCGUUCUCCUUCCAGAAGGAAACCAUCCAAGUCCCACACACAACCUCAUGUUCAUGCAGUUUGGACAGUUUAUAGCACACGACACCAGCGCUGGAGUUAUGUUCGCAUCGGGUAACAACACUGGAAUAUCCUGUUGCACUGAAGGCGGUGUGGACCAACUGCAUCCGAAGCAGCAGCACUGGGCCUGUGCUCCAAUCACCGCAGUUCCCGAUGACCCUUUCUAUGGUUUCUUUGGUCAGAAAUGCCUCAAUUUCGUGCGCACACAGCUCGCACCAGCCAGCGAUUGUUCCGUUGGCUAUGCAAAGCAAAUGAAUGGCGCCACGCAUUACCCUGAUUUGUCUCACUUAUACGGCACCUUUCCCGAAAAACUCUCAUUGGUGCGCGGCGAGGGAGGGUUUCUGAAGACAUUCAAUGAUUUUGGCAGAGCCCUCCCACCUUUGACUAAGAGAAGAGAAUGCGUUAAUAUGGACGGUGGUAGCCCUUGCUUUGAAUCAG